AUGGUCGCGUUCGGACCUCUGCGGCUGUCGGCGUUCCGGGUCCGGGCCCCGUCCGGUCCACAGCUGUGGGUCGGAACCAGAAGAACUCUGUCCGUCCAGACCACGAACGCGGAGCGGAAACUGAAGUCCGCGGACGAGCUGCCGGGACCCAGUUUGGGAACCACUUUGUACUGGUUAUUCGUUAAAGGCUACGCGGAUAAAGCGCAUUUACUGCAGGGUGUCCAGAAGCGUCUUUAUGGCCCCAUCUGGCGCUCCAAGUUCGGCUCAUUUGACUUGGUGAAUGUGGCGAGUCCAGAGCUCAUAGCUCAGGUGAUCCAGCAGGAGGGACGCUACCCAGUCCGCACCGAGCUGCCACACUGGAAGGAGUACAGGGACCUGCGGGGCCAGGCCUAUGGUCUGCAUGUCAGUACAGGACCAACGUGGUACCAAAUCCGCAGUGUGCUGAACCCCAAGAUGCUGAAGAUGAAGGAAGUGAUGCCCUAUGCCCCUGUCAUCCAACAGGUGGUUUCAGAUCUGCUGCAGCGGAUUGAGCUCCUCCGAAGUCACAGUGAGGACCAGCUGACUGUUUCAGAUUUGGCUGCAGAGCUCUACAAGUUUGGCUUUGAAGGUAUCGCCUCCAUUUUGUUUGAGACCAGGCUGGGCUGCCUGCAGCAGGAGAUUCCCGAACACACGCUGCGCUUCAUUGCCGCCGUCAACAACAUGCUAACGCUGUCUGAGGUGGUGAUUCUGUUUCCGCGUUGGAGCCGUGCCGUCUUGCCCUUCUGGAGACGCUUCGUUGAGGCCUGGGACAACAUCUACGACGUAGCACAACACCUAAUCGACAAGAGAGUGGCGGAAAUCGAAGCCCAGUUGGACGGUGGCAAGCCAGUGGAGGGAAUGUACCUGACAUACCUGCUGUCCUCAGACAAGCUGUCCAUGUCCGAGGUCUACAUCAGCGUGGCUGAGCUGCUGCUGGGAGGAGUUGACACGACCUCCAACACGUUGUCGUGGGCACUGUACUGCUUGGCGAGGGACCGCGGCGUCCAGGACCAGCUGUACCAGGAGGUGGAGUCCGUGUGUCCAGAUAGACGGGAGCCGACCACCGAGGACCUGAGCAGGAUGCCGUACCUAAAGGCCGUCAUAAAGGAGACCUUACGCCUGUAUCCGGUGGUUCCUGGAAAUGGACGCUUCAUUUCAGAAGAUGAAGUGAUCGUGGAUGACUACUGGUUUCCAAAGAAGACGUUGUUCCAUCUGUGCCAUUACACUGUCUGUCAUGACGAGGCAGAGUUUGUUGACGCAGAACGUUUUGUACCGGGACGUUGGCUCCGCGCGGAAACACCAGGUGGGCGGUACCAACACCACCCGUACAGCUUCAUCCCGUUCGGCGUGGGCGUGCGAGCCUGCGUGGGAAAGCGGGUGGCGGAGUUGGAGAUGCACUUGGCCCUGUCCAGAUUGAUGCAGCACUAUGAAGUUCAGCCUGAAGAGGGCGCUCCACCGGUUGAGCCCAAAACUCGAACGCUGCUCAUCCCGGCGUCGCCCAUCAACCUGCGCUUCCUUCCCCGGGCCUGAGGAGGGCUCCACUGAGCACACUGAUAAAAUAAUGUUUCUUCUGUCAGGCUGCUUGUUUUUGUGGUGAAAGUUCUGCUGCUGAUAAAUUGCUCACUGUUUCUCUGCAGCGCCCCCUGCUGGUUAAAUUGUUGCGUAAAGCUGCAGUUUCAUGCUCAUAGUUUGACGCCUGCAUUCAUUCACUCAUUUUCUGCCGUUUAUCCGGAUUCGGGUCGCAGUGGCAGCAGGCCAGACAGCUCAUCCCACACUUCCCUAUCCUAUUUAGAACCGGUUGUUUGCCUGAACAGUUGCUAUCCAGGAUCCAAGGUGGUCCUUUGGUGGACUGGUUGACAGCUCAGGCUGUCUGACCUGGACUGACUUUGUUUUGGGUCACUCUGGAUCUGAUGGUCUGUAAUCUGUAUAAUAACUUUGUACUGAAUAAUCUGAAUUAAUGAAGUCAUUUUUAUUACUUGUUUGUCACCUUUUUCUUUGUUUGUUUGUUUAUUUUGUCCAGAGGAACUUGUUCUUAUUUUGUGCCACAUGCAGGAUGUUUUUAUAAAUCCUGUUUGCACUUUGGAAGUGGCGCCCCCACCUGGACGUUCUGACUAUACACAGGUGUGUUUGCCCCUUGCAGAGGUUCUCGCUCUAGUUUGGACAUAUUUUUUGUUUUUAAAUCAUAAUCUACAGCAUUAAUCUGUUUUAUUGAUUGUAUAUUUUGUGUGGAAGAAAAAGGCUCAAGGUGCAAAGAAAAAAAAAUUUGACAUUUUACUUGGUAUAAGAAUUUGGGGGUUUUUUUUGUUUGUUUUUUUGUCAUUUUAUGGGGUGUGAUUUUAAUUGCAUAUCAUUCUGUGAUGUCAUCCACAGCUUUGGGGAACGGCACAUUAAGUCACUUUUUUAUGUAUUAAUGUAAUGAUAUAAAGUUCAAUGUUCUAAUCUUUAUAAAUAUUGUUCACACUUCACAUUUUAAAUGGCAUUUAAGAGAAGUGGAUUUUACAAGGUCUGUGAGAAAAGUAUCCAACCUUUUUAUUUUAUGCAAAAAAUAUAUGGAUUUGAUUCAUAUGUUUUUACGUCAGCCAUGCUUGAACCUUUGUGCGCAUGCGUGAGUUUUUUCAC